GAGUGGUUUGGACUCGAGCCGCUGCCUCGGUCGGUGUAACGGGGUUUUUUUGGUGGUGCUGAUGCUGCGGUUGCCGGUUGUAAUGCUGAGACAUUAACGCUGUAAGUUUGCCGACAUCCAGGAGUUUGUGAACAAUCGCUUUCCUUUCAUUCUUCUUAACAGGCUGAUUCCACCUCAAAAUGGAGCACCAGGACAUGAUGAAUUCUGGAGAAUACGGCUCUGGGGAGGGCGUAGUGUCCGCCAUGGCUGACGUGACCCUCGACGACGGCCCUCAGGAGGACAUGAAGAACGGGACGGCGGCACACAUGAGGCCUGGGGACGGCCCAGGAAAAGACGAGCAUCCUCUCACAGAGGAGACAGAGGAGUCAAAGCCUGAAUCGACCUCUCGAGACGAUGUGACCGAGGGUACAGAGCCUAAAGCUGCCUCCACUCAUGAGGAUGUGGUGUCUGCUGCACCAAGGACAGCAGGUGAAGAUGCUUUAACACCGGAGGGGCUCUCUCCACCACACAGUGGUAGAAGCAGCGCGGCGUCUAUGGACAGGGAAGAGGAGCGUUUGAAUGGGGACAUGGCUCGGUCUGUUAGCCCACAGCAGUCACCCAUGUCCCCACAAGCACCACAAGCUGCUCCGGCUGAUGGUUUAGGGUCUGCGGUGCUGAGCUUUGACAGCCAGGUGAAGACGAGUCCUUCGGAGGAGAUGGUUGGAAAACACAGUCCCAGUGGUUUACAAGAUGAGAAAGAGGAAGAGAAGCAAGGUAAAGAGGACGAGAGUAAAGUUUUAAGAUCUGAUUAUGAGGAAGAGUUAGUUGAGAGUCCUGCCACACCUGAAAUUCAGAUGGAGCAAGAAAGAGAUGUAGAGGAAGAAGAAGAAAAAGAUGAACCAGACGUAGUUCCUCCAGUCCACAGCACUGUUGUCUCAGAUGUGUCACCACAGAAAGAUGAAAGCUAUGUCAUUAAGCCCUGUGAAACGAUAUGCCAGCCCCAGAUGACUCCAGAUGAAGCAAAGAAACGAGGCCUGUCAUUUGACUAUACAGAGUCCGAGCUUGUUCAGCAGGGAACCCCUGACCGCUGGGAAAAUGGCUCUGACAAAACUCCUCCAGAGAGCAAAAGUCCUGACUCCUGCAGGGCUGACCCUGGUUCCCCUUUCUCUCCCAGUACUGCUCCUGAUCAAACCCAGGAGUCACCGCUCACUGACCACCAGAACGAAGCCCAAGAGUAUGAACCAGUGGAAGAACAGGACCUAGAAGUGAUCAGUAUUCCUACAGCUCAGCAGGAGGUGAUAGUACCCAAGAUGGAGUCAGCAGUAGACACCAAACCUGAGGUUUCUGAAGAGAACAAACCAGAGAAGUACCUGGAGACAAGUGACGAAGAUCUCAUUGCUACUGUUGAAGCCGCACAAAGCGCUGAGCCUGUUGCCCAACCAGAAGAAACAGCAGCAGCUGUUGCUGAAGUUGAAGUGGAUGAAGAAACAGCAGCAGCUGUUGCUGAAGUUGAAGUGGAUGAAGAAACAGCAGCAGCUGUUGCUGAAGUUGAAGUGGAUGAAGAAACAGCAGCAGCUGUUGCUGAAGUUGAAGUCGAUGCUGUUGAACCAAGUCCACCAGAACCAAUUAAAGCAGCACCAAGGAAAACAGUACCUGUUAAAGAUGCUGCCAUUAAAAAAGCAAAGAAGCCCAUUACUGCGGCCACUGCAACCCCUGCCCCCAAAUCCACCCCAAAACUCGAGAAAGUCCCCUCAAAAGACGCCGCGCCGGUGCGAAAAACAAGCGCCCCAUCCAAAGCCAAGUCCGGAGCAGCAGCUGCUGAUAAAAAGAGCCCUUCCACAUCCAAACCAGGCAAAACUAGACUCACCUCCACCAGUAAACGAGCUUCAUCAAUCCCAGUGCCCCCAACCAAACAUACCUCCACCUCUGCUUCUCAAUCUGUCCCAGUCUGUGCCUCAGCCAGAGCUGCUUCUCUAAACUCUAAAGUACACACUGUAGGAGCCAAGGAGCCCAACGCCACACCCGGUGAUGCUAGGACGAAGACUAAACCUCAGGGUAUCGGCACCAAAAUCCCUGCAGCCGAACCCCCUAAGACUCCUGAUCGCAGCGGCUGCAGCAGCCCUGCCACCCCGAAAUCUCCGGCCAGUCGCUGCAGCACACCUGGGCAGCAGGUGAAGAAGAUAGCCGUGGUGCGCACUCCACCCAAAUCACCUGGAUCUCUCAGAUCUCGUGCCCCCAUUGCUCCUGUCGCACCAAUGCCUGACCUGAAGAGCGUCAAAUCCAAGAUCGGUUCCACUGAGAACAUCAAACACCAGCCUGGAGGUGGAAAGGUGCAAAUCCUCGACAAGAAGAUGGAUCUGACCAACGUGCAGGCAAAGUGUGGCUCCAAAGCCAACAUCAAGUACACUCCAGGAGGUGGCAAUGUUCAAAUUGUGAACAAAAAGAUGGAUCUGAGCAACGUGCAGUCAAAGUGCGGCUCCAAGGCCAACAUCCACCAUAAACCAGGUGGUGGAAACGUUGAGAUUAAAUCAGAGAAGCUGGAGUUUAAAGCUCAGUCCAAAGUGGGAUCUCUGGAGAACAUCGGCCACGUGGCCGGAGGUGGGAGCAAGAAGAUUGAGUCCCACAAGCUGAUGUUCCGUGAGCAGGCGAAGGCUCGCACUGACCACGGCGCCGACAUCGUGGUCAAAUCCCCUUGCAUGUCAGCGGAGGGUUCACCCCGCCCUCUCAGCAAAGUCUCCUCCUCCGGCAGCAUCAACAUGAGCGAAUCGCCGCAGCUCUCCACGCUCGCAGACCAGGUGACCGCCUCACUCGCUAAACAGGGCCUGUGAGUCCACUUCCUGCUGCGACUCGCUCGACCACCUCCACACCGAGACAAACGCAAGGCUGUAACACGGCAAUUAAAAAAGAAAAAGGUUGAAAAAUAUCAUUAAAAAAAACAAAACAAAAACAA